AUGGCAGCAAUUGUCCCCAGAAUAGGUCGACGGGCUCCCUUGAUAGCCAGGUUAGCCAGAGGCACGCCCUCUUUUACACAACCGUCGAUUGGCCGUUCGCGGGCACCAAACUCUAAGCCAUUGAGAACGGCAUUCCCCGUCUCCUUGAGCGCGCGAGAAUUCCACGCUACGUCCAAGGACCAGGAGCGUGAGCCGAUCAAGAACAGCCCCAGAGCACUGUUACCCGAAUUCAGCCUCAAGGACAAGGUCAUCAUUGUGUCAGGCGGCGCACAAGGACUGGGUCUAGUGCAAGCGGAAGCUCUAUUGGAAGCUGGAGCUACCGUCCACGUUUUUGACCGGCAACCCGAGCCUGGUCCUGACAGCAAGUACCAAGCGGUAGCAAGGCGCGCUGUGGGCGAGCUUGAGACAACUCUGGUAUAUCACCAGAUUGACGUGAGGACUGGAGUUGACAGAAUUAACGACGUCACGGAGGAGAUCGCCAACCAGCACGGUCAUAUCGAUGGCUUGAUCGCCGCGGCCGGUAUACAGCAAGAAACUCCUGCGCUGGAGUACACUGCUGCGGAUGCAGAUCGCAUGUUGGGUGUCAACGUGACCGGCGUUCUCAUGACGGCGCAAGCCGUUGCUCGACAGAUGGUGCGUCGCAAGACGGAGGGCAGCUUGGUUUUGAUUGCUAGCAUGAGUGGAACAAUCGCAAACCGCGGUUUGAUUUGCCCUGUGUAUAAUGCCUCGAAGGCUGCCGUGAUCCAACUUGGCCGCAACCUCGCUUCGGAAUGGGGCCAGCACGGCAUCAGAGUCAACACCAUUUCUCCAGGUUACAUCGUGACGGAGAUGGUCGAGAAACUCUUUGAGCAGUUCCCUGAGCGUCGAACGGAGUGGCCCACCCACAACAUGCUGAACAAGCUGAGCAAGCCUGAAGAUUAUCGAGGCGCAGCGGUCUACUUGUUGAGUGACGCUAGCCGGUUCAUGACGGGCGCUGAUCUUCGGAUCGAUGGCGGUCACGCUGCUUGGUAA